AGAAAACGCAAAUAACGGUUGUAAAAGAGGAAGAGGAGAGGAGUCAAGCAAGUCUCUGCGUAAGAAAGCAUGAAUGGCCUUCAAACACGGAAAGCGUUUCCUUCUCUCUCCUUCCUUUCUUCCGAAAUGGGCAGAAGUCCAUAGGUAGAGAAGAAGAGAGAAAAGGUGUCGAUGCACCAAGAGAGAAAAGACCCCCAUUUUUCCUACUCAAAAUGAUAAUAUUUCUCAAACAGUUGCGGGCUGCGUUCGGGAUUUCGUUUUUAUGGAUUAUCUGUUUGGUUUACUUCAUUCAGGGUUUCAGAUCAUUUGUAUGGACUGCAGUUUCUUAUCAACUGAAAGACAGGCUUAACUUAUCACCAUCAGCCUCUCAGCUUGUGUUUUCUGUAGCAUUUUUUCCAUGGAGUAUAAAGCCCCUUUAUGGAAUCUUGUCAGAUUGUAUUCCUAUAAGAGGGAGGAAAAGGAUUCCAUACUUAAUCAUCUCAACCAUACUAUCUCUCUUAUCAUGGCUAAUUCUUGGUCUGAAAUCUUCUAUGAGGAGUUCCAGUGGACCUCUCAUGAUUUUUUUAACGGUGCAAAACCUAGGUUCAGCCAUGGCAGAUGUUGUGGUUGAUGCAAUGAUUGCUGAAGCAGUACGAUGUGAGCGGGCAGCAUUUGCUGGAGACCUCCAGUCAAUGUCUUGGUUGGCAAUGGCCUUUGGAGGAAUAUGCGGGAGUUUGUUAGGAGGAUUCGCAUUGACCAACUUACAAAUAGAGACAAUUUUUCUCCUUUUCUCUGUGCUCCCAGCCAUGCAGUUAUUAUCGUGUGGUUUGGUUGAAGAGAAUUCUUUAGGUGUCAAAGUUUUGCCAGAGCUUGGUGACUCUAGAAGCUCUCAUAUACCAGAUAGAAAUGGUAUCAUCUCAGAUUCUAAUGUUUCAUCAAUCAAAAAGUCCAGGUUAAGUACUACAAGGAGAAAAAAGAGCCAUAGCAGAGAAAUGCAAAAAUUCAUCACAACUAGAUCUGAGACUCUGCAAAAGGAUGAGACCUUGACUGUCCAGUGGUUCCAGUCUCUAAAAUCAGCUAUCUAUAGUUUGUGUCAUGCAUUUAAGCAACCCAUCAUCUUGAGACCGAUGGCUUGGUUUUUCUUAGCUCAUGUGACUGUUCCAAACCUCUCGACGAUCAUGUUCUAUUAUCAGACUGAAUUCUUACACUUGGACGCAUCCUUUCUGGGUACAUCACGUGUUGUUGGAUGGUUAGGCCUCAUGGUUGGAACCUUCGUUUUCAACCGCUUCUUGAAGCGGAUGAAAUUAAGAAGAAUUCUCAUGUCAGCCCAUGUUGGUCUUGCUAUUCUGAGUCUCCUUGACAUCGCUCUAGUGUCUCGAUUGAAUGUUUCAUUCGGCUUAUCAGAUAAACUUACAGUUCUGUGUGGGUCUGCUCUUGCUGAUGCAGUCAAUCAAUUUAAGUUUAUGCCAUUCCUGAUACUCUCUGGACAGCUUUGCCCGCCAGGUAUUGAGGGAACCCUUUUUGCACUCUUCAUGUCCAUAAAUAACCUGGGGACCACGUUGGGAUCAUUUGUAGGAGCUGGUUUGACCUCUAUGCUGAACAUCUCUUCAAGUUCUUUUGUCUCUUCUUGCUUUUUCUUCAACGUUGUUCCUUAUUUCUACAGUCGCCAUCAUCAUCAUCAUCCCUCUCUCUCUCUCUUGUUCUUGAUACCAAAAGAAGCCACAGGGAUAACAGCUUAA